AUGUCAAAAGAUCAAUCCGGUGCCGAUUCCAUUUCCUCCUCAGUGCGUGAUGUUGGCCAAAAUCAACCAAAGCCAUUAGAACCCAGAUUGUCCCAGGAAGAUGAAGAACAAGCCAAGAAUGCCAAUACUCUUAAAAGGGAGCGACUUGCCAAGACUUUGAGCUCUACCUCCAUUUCGCAGAUCGUGCCAAAGGAUGAACGUAGGGGCCUUCUAUCAAGCAUGUGUUUAAUACCCGAGUAUCAAGAUGCUCGUAACUAUCCUGACAGAAUGAAAAAAUCAUUGGUAUUGAUCAUCGCGACCGCUGCGGUUAUUGGUCCCAUGGGGACUUCCAUCAUUUUCCCCGUCAUUGAUGAUCUUACUGAUGUGCUUCACACCAACACCAAAAUCGUCAAUGUAUCUGUGGGUAUUUAUCUUUUAUCCAUGGGGAUCUUCCCAAUUUGGUGGUCCUCCAUUAGUGAACGUAUUGGUCGUCGAACGGUAUACAUUAUCUCUUUCUCGUUCCUUUUCUGCUUUUGCAUUGGUGCGGCAUUGACCCCCAACAUCGAAGCAUUCAUUGUAUUUCGAAUGCUCAUGGGAGCCUCGUCUUCUAGUGUGCAGAGCAUCGGCUCUGGUGGUAUCAAUGAUUUAUACAGAAGCCAAGAAUUGGGGAAGGCCAUGAGUUUGUUUUAUUUGGGUACUUUGGUGGCACCUUUCAUCAGUCCAAUUAUUGGUGGUGCUAUCGGUAGUAAAUGGGGAUUUCGUGGAACUUGUUGGUUCAUGGUAAUAUUUGCCGGGUGCUUGUGGUUUCUUAUAGUAUUAUGUUUACCAGAAACUCUUAGAAGACAAGAAAGUGCCGAAGCAAUUGCCAAGUACCUUAGUCAGCUUAAUGAAGAUACCAAAAGAUUUAAUCAAGAGCAACAAGGUCAAGUGGAUGAUGAACGCAAAAUCCAAAACUCUACUCCUAUUAGUGAUAUAAAUCAUAAUAAUAAUAUAGAUAAUAUUAAUAAAGAUGGGGAUAAUAAUAAUAAUGAGAAAGAUCCCGAUGAAACUAGUUCUGAAGAUACACCCCAAUUCUUUGAUGCAGAUGACGUGAGAAGUAUUGCUACAAACCUUUCCCGGAAUAAUAUAGAUGAAAUCAGAGAAGCGAUUUCCAGAGUUUCUUCUCAUCCAGCAGUAGCAGCUGAAGGUUUGCCCCUAUCAAGAAUCAAUACAGUGGAUAGAGUGCAGGCUGCACAGCUUGAAAGAACGAAUUUGGAAAAAGUAGUAACUGAGCUCUCAAAAUUGAAAUCUAACAGCUCUGUUCAGCCCUCAGGCUGGCCACAUUAUCGCCAUAUCCUCUAUAUUUAUCUAAUUAAGCCCACAAAAUCUGUGGUGUUUUUACGCUACCCACCGGUGCUUCUCAUGCUUAUUUACUCGGCUAUUUCAUUUAUGUGCCUUUACUUUGUCAACAUUAGUAUCACAUACCAAUAUUCUAGAGCACCAUACAACUUCUCCACCAUAAUUGUCGGGCUUUGUUAUAUUCCGAACUCUACAAGCUACAUUCUCACUUCACUUUUCAGUGGAAGAUGGAUCGACAAGCUUUUACAAAACUUUGAAAAAAAACAUGGGUUUUUGUCUCCAGAGGCUAGAAUAUCCUGGAAUUGUUAUAUUGCUGCCAUCAUUCUCCCACUAUCGUUGCUCAUAUCGGGUUGGUGUUGGGAUAAGAAGACGUUUUGGAUCAUUCCUAUGGUGGGUACUUUUAUUUGGGGUGCCGGCAGUUUGUUAGUGAUUAAUACUACGGUGACUUAUGUCGUGGAUUCUUUACCAGGAAGAGGGGCCACAGGUGUGGCAUUGAACAAUUUAUUAAGACAGCUUUUGGCGACUCUUGCAUGUUUUGUUCAGGAACCAUUAACUGUGGCACUAGGUCCUGGUGUAUUAUACUCGAUCCUUGCGGGGAUUUUGUUUGUGUCUGGCAGUACGUUAUUAAUUGUCAAGCGUUAUAGCUCUCAAUGGAGGGAGAAUUACGAUUUGCAAAAGUUGUACGAUAUCGUUGAUUCAUAG